AUGGCCUCUGAAAAGCAGAUGAAGGAUCCUGUUCGCGUCGGCGUCGCCAUCAGAGCACAGCUAGAGAACGAGAUACCGAAGGACUUGCCUCUGGAGAAGGAUUUCCGUGAGGAAACCGGCUACACCGUUACAGACCACGUGCAGGAACUCCACAAGAGCCUGGCGAAGGACCCAAGAACCCUGCAGCUCAUAAAUGCGCUCGUGUCUCGUCUUCAUGGUUUCGCCAGGGAGACUCUGCUUACCCAUGCGGAAUGGACGAAAGUGGUGGAAUUUCUUACGCGCUGUGGCAAAGAAAGCACGGACUACAAGAACGAGUUCGUCUUACUGAGUGACAUCAUGGGCUUUAGUGCGCUGGUAGAUGAGCUCAACCAUCCGAAGCCUGCGGGUUGUACGGACAGUUGCGAAGCUGGCCCGUUUUACUAUCCGAAUGCUCCAGAGAUACCUUCCGGUGCUUCUCUUGCAAAAGCCGGGACAACGGGUGAGCCCAUGUUCUUCUACGGCACCAUCAAGGACACAAAGGGCCGUGGCAUCAAAGGCGCCAAGGUCGAUGUCUGGCAAGCAGACGGUGACGGGAUUUACGACGUACAGUAUCCUGGCACGGAAGUCAACGACCGUGGCAAAAUCCUUGCGGAAGACGACGGCACUUUCUGUUACUGCGGAAUUCUUCCGACAGCGUAUCCUAUUCCCAGCGAUGGACCGUCUGGCGAGUUGCUGCGCGCACUUGGCCGCCACCCCCAUCGUGCCGCGCACAUACAUUUCCUGUUAGCAGCGCCUGGGUUCGAUGACCUUACCACCGCGCUAUACCCCGCCCACUCGCCCUUCCUUGGCACCGACCCUGUCUUCGCGACGAGGAAGUCGCUGAUCUGCCAGGUCACCGAGGAGCGCAAUCCGAAACGCUGGGAGGAGAUGGGCUUUAAGCAGGGCGAGGUCAAGACCGGUAGGGUGUGGGUGUGGAAGUACGACUUCAUCCUGCCGAGCACGGAGGAAGUCCAACAAUUUCACCGCCGCCGGAGGGCCGCCAAGUUGUGA